CGAGGCUCUUUGAUGCGUCGUCACACAUAAAGAUUGCCGAGCGCUGAUUUUCCCACGAUCACAGCCCGAGCUGUCGGCGAGCUCGUUAAUUUGCAAAUCGGGCUUAAAAUCCUGCAGUGUGACCGAGGCUUUACUUGCGCAGCCCAGUGGAUCGCGCAGUGCGGACCAGUUUCAGUCGAGCAGCUUGAACCAACUUGAGCAGCGCUGCUCGAACCACACACCUGCGUGACUCUGAUGGAAAUAGACCCCGACCACCAUUAAAAUCACCAUGUAACAAACAAAAAAAGUACAGUAGUCUAUAGAUGGCACUGUGUUGCUUAAAAAAUGCUUUCAGAAUCACACUAAUACCUUGAAGGUAUACAGAAAAUAUUUAGAUAUAUGUGAUUAUUUUAGGAUCCCAUCCUAAUCAAGCCUACAUUGAACGGAAGCUUGACUUAGACGUGCUGUGUGUGUGAUUAUAAAUAAUUCCGAGCAGGUUCAGUGACGUUGAACAGAUUAGGGUGUGGUGUGUUUGUGCUUUUCGUGAGCUGAGUCAGGGUUACUUCCUCAGAGCAGACACAAAGAGAACACACGUCGUCCUUGUUCAUCAAUCUGUGCAUUUAUCGUUGUAAAAGUGUAAGAAACCCGUUGCCUUACAAACUUUCUCAUACUUUUAGAAUGGCAACUGCACUGCAGUAUGAGUUGGUCACAAAAGAAAAUAGAAAUCCUGUGGAUGUGAAAGGUGAAUUAUCUAGACUCUGUACAAAAGAUGGCCGUGUGGAUCUUGGUAAAGUGGCCAGAAUUGUAAAAGAUAACACUGGUAAACUGAUUCCUCUCAAAAAACCAAAGGACUACAGUGUUAGGGUGUGUGGGCAGGUUGACACGGUCUACAGUGGCAAUGAGGAUCAGCUGGAAGCCUGGAAAGAUUUCUACCUACCAAAGAGAAUGGAGAUGGUGGUGAUGGGUGCGGUUGAUGAUUUCCCGUGUGACGCGUUCAGCCUGCAGUUAGUCCUCUUGCUGUGUGAAGAUGGGAAGAUCUACGCCUACGAAGAUGAAGUUCUGCACCUUGUAGCCAACAGUCUAAAGGAGCUGCUAGACAAUGGCUUGACCUUUCCCGGAUUAGAAUGCUACAAAGAAGGCGAAUGUUUCGAGGACUACACAGAGGAAGAGUACAAUAAAAUCAUGCAAUCUGGCGAAAUGAGUAAGAUAAUAAAAGCGCACAACUGUUACCGUGAAUCUUUGGAGAGUGAUCUCUUGAAAUCUCUAGAGGCAAUCAAAAAAGUCAAAUGAAGGGUGUGGAGGAUGGCCGGCCCAAGAAGAAUUCCGGGAUGAUAAAACAGUGCUCGAAGACUAAUUUCUACAGAAUACAAAAUGCUCCAUCAGACAAAAAAUUAUUGACCGUUCAUUAAAGAGAGCUUUCAAUACUCUCUUUUAACAAAGGGAGUUCAUCAACCGAUAGUAGUGGUCGAGUUUUUAAGGGUUUUUACUAUCAAGGGUUUUUACUUACAGUUUUUGCUUGCUAAAACAUCUAAAAUUGAACUAUUAGAAAAAUAAAAUUAAAAAAAAAAAUAAUUGCACUAUACAUUUCUGCACAUAUCAGCCUUGGUGAUAUAUCAGUCUAACACUAAUGUAAAAAUUCAGAGGUAAUACCAUUUCUAUUCCAGUGUGAAUUAUUAAGUUUCAGGAUGUUUGGGUGUCUGUAAUCUUUUCUUUCAUUUUUAACCCUGUAAUGUCCAAAGCAAUGGAAAAAUUCUUACUUUGCAUUAUUUAUUCGGUUAAUAAUAACAAUAUAUAACUCUUUUUUUUUAAUAGACCCCAUAAUUAUUUAAUUAUUGGCCUCUAUCAAACGGCUGCCCAAUCAGCUUGGGUUAAGUUAAAAACAAAUUUGUUAAUGCAAUAUCAUGACUACCAAACGGUCACACAAUGUAUGUUGUGCAGGACUGAAUGGAUUUUGAAAAGCAGUCUCAGACACACUGUUAGUUCAACAGGAGAUUUAAUCAGUACUGCAGUGAGCCUGCAGAAUGUUGGAGCUGCUCUGUGUGAGGCUCUUUUUUCUUUGCAAUGUCUGUACACAAUGUUGAAUAUAUUGUAUGAUACAUAUGAGUAUGUUAUUUUAAUACAAUUCUUAUGAUGUA